ACUUUUUAUAAAUAAGAUUUAUAUUUUUUACGAUUCUGAGGAAAAUGUGCAAUACUGGAUUUAAUUGUAAACAGAGCGAAAACGUUUAUUUUGACGUUUCUGUAUUUUAUUUUGGGUAUGUUCAGUUGCUAAACAAAUACUUUUUUUAAUAUAAGUACCUCUGAAACAAGAACGGAGAGCGUUUAAAUAUUUUGUUGGGAAAAUAUAAUAUAUAAUGUUUAAUAUAGCAGAGAAAAAGUUGCUGUUACCACAACCAAAUUUUUUAGAUGGAGCUUUAAAUUGCUCCACUAUUAAGCUGAACAAGAAAGAAAAACCUCAAAAAUGUAUAUCACGUGCGACUUCCAAUAACAUUGAUAACACCAAGAAAGAGAAACAUAAAUCACAAAAAUUGGAAGAACGGUUUUGUGACGCUUGUGAAAUGCAAUUUGAAUCAAAUGACUGCUUCCUAGAACAUUGCUCACAACACACACUCUGUAGAAAUGAGAAUUGUACUUACAUGUUACAUCCUACAGCAAUGGAUAAACACGUUAGAAUAUUUCAUUCUGGUUUAUUAGACAAGGUAAAAAAACUAAGCACUCCUGAAGAAAUAGCAGCAUGGCGUAAAGAACGUUGCGAAAAAUAUCCAACUCUAAGAAAUAUACAGCUGAAGGAAAAAGCAGAGGAACAGCGUUUAAGACGUGGUGAAAGAUUAAAUGAUAAAAAAUGCCGAUUUUUAAGCCGCACAGAUCGGAAACGUUUGCAAAAUGGAAAUAUGCCUAUGGGAAAAAAUGAAGUAAAUAAAGUCAAAACUGAAAAAAGGCAUCAAAAGCAUAAAAACAAACCUAAAGUUGGACAAGUCAAUGAGGUUAAGCAAUUACACUUAGAAAGGUUCAAUAAGAGUGAAGAAAUUGAAAAUAAAUGUGGUGAUGUGGUUAUGUUUACUGGUACUAGCAAACUUCAUAAUUAUUCACACUCUGUUUCAAACACAAACAAAGGUUCGAACAUUCUAUCUACACUUCUUGGAAUGUACCAUUCCGAAGACGAAUCAAUAGAACAUUCAAGUUCUGACUAUGAAAUGGAUGAAGAACAUAUUCAUAAUAGCACAAAAACUUCCACAGACAAACUGCAAAUUAAAAAUGAUUGCAAUAAUAUGGCGGAUAAAACUUUAAUUUUAAAUUCAUGCAAAGAAAGCACUUCUUGUAUAGAAUCUCUUACGAAUCAGAAAAGGAUAAAUGAGAAUAAAAAUUAUAGUUCUGAUAAACAAUUAACUAGUGACACUGAUGACGCUCCAGAUGAAAUACCAAUUUCGCAUUCGUGCAAUGGCACCAAUUUGCCUACAAAUUUAAUCCCCUCAAAAGUCCAAAAAAAGGAUGAAGAUUUGUGUUUAACUUCAAUCAGUCGGAUGACACGAACUCCAGUUAACCAAAAAAAAUUUAAGCGCAAAAUCGGAUUGGACUACAGAAAAUUAAAGGCUACUAAACCAAAUACUCUACUUGGAAAACUUUUGGAAUCAGAAAUAAAAAUGAAAUCCGUAUGUCGGUUCUGAGAAGACAACAGGGGGCUUCAAAAUAAGUUUGAACACUAAACAACCACAAUCCAAAUAGAAAAGAAAUAAGGCGAUGUUUAGUUCAAAUUUUCAGUCUGUUCUUUUUUGACUUCAAAGAUGUUGAUGAUAAUGUUGACGAUGCUGACAGUAACGGUGAGGAUGACUAACAGAAAUUAAUUCGAAG